UGGACUAACCUGAGUUGCCUCCAUUGCCAUUCUCUAAAAAGGUCCAUAGUAGAGAAAGAGAAAGAUAUUAAUUCUGGUGUUGCACACUCUUCUCCCCUCUUCUUUCUAUCCAUAAUAAUUCUACACAAUGUCUUCAUUUGCUAUGCGUAGAUUCACAUCUGGUCCUUCGUUCUCGAGGGCACUGAAGAAUCAAACUAGAUCCUUCUCAUCGACGAGACCUGCAGCUCGAAUCAUUACACAUGCGCCACUAAGAGCAAAGGAAGCCUCGCCUUUCGUGAGCAAUAAAUACCCGGUCGUUGAUCACGAAUAUGAUGCUAUUGUCAUCGGUGCUGGAGGAGCAGGUUUAAGAGCAGCAUUCGGUCUUGCCGAGGCUGGUUUCAACACUGCAUGCAUAUCAAAGCUUUUCCCAACUCGAUCACAUACGGUAGCCGCGCAAGGAGGUAUCAAUGCUGCUCUGGGUAACAUGCACGAGGACGAUUGGAGAUGGCACAUGUACGAUACCGUCAAGGGUUCGGAUUGGUUGGGAGAUCAGGAUGCUAUUCAUUACAUGACAAGAGAAGCGCCAGCAUCUGUCAUUGAGUUGGAGAACUACGGUUGCCCAUUCUCAAGAACCGAUGACGGCAAGAUUUAUCAACGUGCUUUCGGUGGUCAAUCACAAAAAUUCGGAAAGGGUGGACAAGCAUACAGAUGUUGCGCAGCUGCUGACAGAACUGGACAUGCACUUCUCCACACUCUCUAUGGUCAAUCCUUAAGGCAUAACACCAACUACUUCAUCGAAUACUUCGCGCUCGACUUGAUCAUGGAGGAUGGAGAAUGUAAGGGUGUUAUUGCAUACAACCAAGAAGAUGGUACCCUCCACAGAUUCCGCGCACACAACACUGUCUUGGCCACCGGUGGUUACGGACGUGCCUACUUCAGUUGUACAUCCGCACACACUUGUACUGGUGAUGGAAUGGCUAUGGUUGCUCGUGCCGGGUUACCUAACCAGGAUCUUGAAUUCGUUCAAUUCCAUCCUACUGGUAUUUAUGGCGCUGGUUGCUUGAUUACUGAGGGUGCUCGUGGUGAGGGUGGAUAUCUCCUUAACUCACAGGGUGAAAGAUUUAUGGAACGUUACGCACCAACCGCCAAGGAUUUGGCGUCCCGUGACGUUGUUUCUAGAUCAAUGACCAUGGAAAUCAGGGAGGGACGUGGUGUUGGUCCAGAAAAGGAUCACAUCUAUCUUCAACUCAGUCAUCUUCCACCUGAUGUUCUCCAUGAACGUCUCCCAGGUAUCUCUGAAACCGCAUCCAUUUUCUCCGGCGUCGAUGUUACAAAGCAACCUAUCCCAGUUCUUCCAACCGUCCAUUACAACAUGGGUGGUAUCCCAACCAAGUACACUGGUGAGGUUCUCACUGUUGACGCUGAGGGUAAGGAUAAGGUCGUACCAGGUCUUUUCGCAUGUGGUGAAGCUGCUUGUGUUUCCGUACACGGUGCCAACCGUCUCGGAGCUAACUCACUUCUCGAUUUGAUCGUUUUCGGUCGUGCUGUAUCCCACACCAUUCGCGAUAACUUCGAACCAGGAAUGCCACACAAGGAGAUCAGCGCUGACGCUGGUGCUGAAUCUAUCAGUGUCCUUGACCAAAUUAGAACUGCUGAUGGUACCAAGAGCACACACGAAGUCCGUCUCGCCAUGCAAAAGACCAUGCAGACAGACGUCAGUGUGUUCAGAACUCAAGAGAGCUUGGAUGAAGGUGUCACAAAGAUUAACGCUGUUGAUCAAACAUUCAAGGAUAUUAAGACUCAAGACAGAAGCAUGAUCUGGAACUCGGAUUUGGUUGAGACUUUAGAAUUGAGAAACUUGUUGACUUGCGCUGUUCAAACCGCCGAGGCAGCUGCCGCUAGAAAGGAAUCUCGUGGAGCACAUGCUCGUGAAGAUUACCCAGAGAGAGAUGAUAAGGAAUGGAUGAAGCAUUCUUUGACCUUCCAAAAGAAGCCACAAGGAAAGACCGAUUUGACCUACAGAGCUGUUGUAGGCCACACCUUGGAUGAGAAUGAGUGCAAGGCUGUCCCACCAUUCAAGCGUGUAUACUAGAUGUUCAGAUUUGCACAUGGAGUAAUGGCUUAGGAUCUGGCUAGGGGUUAAAGAGGUGCUUAUACGACAAGCGACCGAGAAAAGGAAAGGCAAAGGUCGCGAGAGGAGAAGAUCAUUAAAGAUGAACAUGGAUAUGACUCCAAGAUCAGGAAUGAUCUAUGAAUCUUUGAGCUGGACAUGAAGGGGCGUGGAUUGUAGCAUAGCCGGUUGGGAAUUGGAGUGGAUUAGUAUGAUAUUUGUUGUUGUCGUCUGCGGUUUUUUGGCGUGCCAAGUUGUAGUACCCGUUUAUAAGGUGUCGUUGUGGUUGUUGAAUAAAAAUAUCUUUAUUUGAAUUUUGCUAUGACUACUGGCCAAUGUGCUUGAAUGUUUGACGUUUAGAUCAUAAUUCCAUUUGUUCAUCGG